CCCACUCGGCCACUCCCAGUGCCAGCCGCCGUGCGCUCGCUCGCGCGCGCUCUCUUUCUGGGACGACCAGUGGGAUAUCUCCACCGCCGCCUUACGCCAGGUGCGGACCUUCGCCGAUCUCUUCGCCAGCGAAGAGCGUCCAUCAGUAAAAAUGGUGGCCCUUGCAAAUGAAGAGGCCUUGGCCCAUGAUGAAGAUAUCAUGGAUGAUGUUGAUUCUGAUGUUGAAGAAUCGGACUCAGAAGACGAUUCAGGUGAAGAAGCUCAGGAUAAGCCUUCAGACAAAGCUAUAUACAACAAGGAGGCCAUCCUUGAAAAACUUGAAGAUAUUGCCUGGCCCAAGUAUGUGGACUGGAUACACAAGCUCACCAUUGAGCAUGAUCAGGGGGAAAAGGUUGAUGUGAAUGAUGAUCUUGCUCGUGAACUUGCGUUUUACACCCAAGCUUUGGAUGGCACAAGGCAGGCCUUUGAGAAGCUGCAGUCGAUGAAGGUCAGGUUCCUCAGGCCAACAGAUUACUAUGCUGAGAUGGUGAAGACUGAUGCGCACAUGCACAAGAUCAAGGGGAGGCUGCUGUCAGAGAAGAAGAGGAUCGAGGAGGCUGAGGAACGGAGGAAGGCUAGAGAUUCCAGGAAGAAAGCAAAGGAGGUUCAGGCUGAGAAGAAGAAGGAGAGGGCUAAGCAGAAGAAGGAGCAGAUUGAGUCAGUCAAGAAGUGGAGGAAGCAGAGGCAACAAGGGGGAUUCACCAAGGGAAAUGAUGAUGCACCAGACCUUAAUUUUGAAGGAGAAGAAGGAUUUAAACAAUCUAAGAAAAGGAGACCUGGUGUUUCUCCUGGUGACAGGUCUGGUGGUCUUGCUAAGCGAGGUAAAGAAGGAAAGAACAGGAGGGCAAAGGAUUCCAUGUUUGGGCACGGUGGUCGUAAAGGGCUGAAGAAGCAAAACACCGCUGAGACCACUAAUGAUUUCAGAAGCUUUAACCAGGGGGGUCAGUCUCAAAACAAGAAGAGAAAGAGGUUUUGAACUUUUGAUGGAUAUAUUAAGAAUUUGGGUGAGUCUCAAAACCAGAAGAGGAAGAAGUUUUGAACUUUUGUGUUAUUACUAUUCCCCCCUGCGGCAUUAUUUUGUUAUGGUGUGUGCCAGAAGGAAAAAUAGUCUAGGGAAGCAGUCCAAACAUAAGACUUAAUGUUUUGCUUUAUCUGGUAAUGGUCUUCUUUUAUCACGGAAUGCGGAUUAUGGCCCUCUUCGGUUUGAGGGACUAAAGAUUAGUCCCUCU